UAAUUAUUAUACUAUGUAACACAAACAUUUUCAAUAUAUUUUAGCUAAAACAAUAAGAUAUGUUUAUUUAAUGCAUAAGUUCAAGACGGAAGUGUAACUUAAAACAUGGCGGGUUACCAAACUUGGGGAGUGUAAAAUUCAUUGCAAAGUCUUUUUAUGCAUGUAUACUGUAACGUUGAGACUCUGUGGGGUUACUUACUAAUUUAAAACAACUAAAAUGCCCAGUGGUCGACAAAGUGUAAAGAGACAACACCCAAAUUCUGGUGUUAGGCUUGAUUUUGAAAAUCUUUUAAAAAGCUUCACAGAAACUGAAACUGUUCGUUAUGAACAAUUUGCCGAGGUAUGGCGAAAAAUGAAGUUUUCCAUGUUGUGUGCUGGGAGGCAAAAUGACAGAGAAGUCAGAGAGUUCAUGGAUGAAUGUUUCCACAUAGCUCUUUCGUAUUACCUGCCGCCAUACAACUUCCAAGUUCGAGUUGGAGGAUUAUACUUGAUAUAUGGACUGUAUUUCACUCAGCUGUGUUUUCCCAGAUCUAAGAUCCGUGUGACACUGGAUCAGUGGAAGCAGAUACUGGAAUUUCAGGAAGAUGCAAAGAGUCAGAAACAUCUGGAUGUCGAUUUUUGUUUUCAGAAACUACUCUUCAAACAUGCAUUCCUCUUUGUGGCAACUUCAAAACAGGUUUACCCACGGUCUGGGGACACGGUGGAGACUGUUGUGAGCAGUGAGAUGCCCGAUGAGUUGAAAGAGACUCAAGGAUGUCUACAGACUAUGUUUUCAGCUAAUGUGUUGGAGGAACUGUCUGCUGUGCAUACUCAGUAUGAGAAGAUUAAAAUAAGCUUAGCUGGACCAGAUGCUGAGCGUCCUGCCAGGUCCCUGGACAUGAUACAAAGCAAACUUGUAGACAGCAUAGUGAGCCGACUGGAAAGUCAUAAUGAAAAGCUGACAAAAUUGAAGCAACAGUUGCAGCAAAAGAGGUCACUACUUGAACUCUCAGACGAAGAGGAUCCAACAUUUGAACCAUCCAUGAGCAAUGCAGCUAAGCUCAAGGCUAAGGCAUUCUCUGGAAUGGUAAAACAGUCGAGGUCACGGCGCCAUCGUUCAGUUUUAAUGCAAGAUUCACCUCCAGAAAACUCCCCUAGCACGUCAGUGAAAGAAAGCACAUGCAGGAUGCCUCUUGGCUUGUCCGAUGAUGAUGAAGCUGAUGGUGAUGACAGUGAUGAUUAUGACACUCUGGUUGAUUCGUUGAUCAAGAUGGAACGGAAACGAGACUUUCUGCCCAUGCCCACUUUAACUACGGAAAAAGCAUCUUCCACUGAAAAAAGUUUCCCCAAAAAGGGAUUGAAAAAAUCCAAAAAACAAUUGAAGGAGAAACAGUCAUCAGCGACUACACUUGAUAAGCAGAAGAAACAAAGAGGCAAAUCUGCAACAAAAGAAAGAAAGAAAGCAGGGAAGAAAGGAGUCACUUCUGAUUCAGAUAUGGACAAUAGUUUAACUCCAAAGAAGAAGAAACGAAAGCAAGACAAUACACCAAAAUUACCCUCUGAAGACGCAACACAUACUCAAGACAAUGAUAACAAAAUGGGUUUGCCAAAAAUAAAAGUAAAGCAACGAAAGCCUAGAAAGAAAAAAAGUGCAACCAUGUUAGAAAAAAGCGAGAAUAUUGGUGAAACUGUUGUGGAUGUUAAUGAAAAGGAAGAAUUUGAAGCUGAGACUGACACUGAUUUGUUAUCGCCAAAGAAAAAAAGACGAAUUGCAAGAAAAGUUAAUGUUAAAGUUGUGUCGGUGACAGAUAUUCGAACUACUGCUGGGGAAACAGUCUCUUCAGGUGAUACAGAUGGAAAUUAUCAAGUAGAAAGUGACUUGAAUAUGUCUACAACAAAGAAAAUAUCAGUAAAAGAGAAAAAGAAACAAAAUGAUGAUACAGACAAAAUAUCUCGAGUAGAAAGUGACUUGAAUAUGUCUUCAACAGAGAAAAUAUCAGUAAAACAGAAAAAGAAACAAAAUGAUGAUACAGACAAAAUAUCUCAAGUAGAAAGUGACUCGAAUGAGUCUCCAGCAAAGAAAAAAGCCCUAAAACAGAAAAAGAAACAAAAAGAAGUGGUGUUGAUUGACAAUGAAAACAGUGUUGAAGAAACAGUUUCUACAAAUGAUAAAAAUAUUGACAAAAAUAGUGCUUUUGAAGUUGGGAAUGAUACAGACUUUUCAUCGCCAAAGAGAAAACGAAGACAUCCAAAGACAAAAAUCACAGAAACGGUUCCAAUAACAAUUGAAAAUAAGGCUGAUGGAGAAAACGAAACACACGGCAACACUGAAUUACCAUCAGCAAGGAAAAAACUAAAACGAUCUGGGCAAGAAAAUAAAAGUUCAGCCAAGUCUGGUGAUGACAAAACUACAAGAAAGAGAAAAGACAAUAAGCUUGACAAACAAUCAACUGAAUUUUGUUUUAAAGCUAAUGACCCCAAAAUGAGUCCUGUUCCAGUUAAACAGAAAGAAAAGUCCCCAAGAAAACAAGCUCUUGAAUCGUCCCCCAAAAAAGGAAAAUUAAAGAAAUGAUUAUUGAUAAGAUGUCACACUCCAGACUUAAUGUUGCAUAACAUAUUAAAAGUUUAUAAAAAUUU